AUGGGGGAGAGAGAGAGAGCAGCCUCUCAGGGUUUCCUCUCAGCUAUGGGUUCUUCUGGAAGAUGGACGCUCUGGACCCUGUGUGUGUGUUUCAGCGCUCUGGGGAGUGCUGCACUCCGGGUCACCAUGAGGGAAUCCAGUCUCGAGGUGGUUCGAGGGGAUUCUGUCGUCCUGCCCUGCUCCUUCUUCACCUCCAGCCCUCUCUCCAGACUCAACGUUAUCUGGACCCUGGCUCCCUUCUCCAGUCCAGAAACCCCAAUACAGGUGAUUGUGUACGACCAUGGACAGGUGAUUGAAGACCCCUCCCUCAUCGGCAGAGUGGGUUUUACAGGUAUUCCCUGGAGUGCAGAUAUCGUCCUGAAUGACACACAUGUAUCAGAUGCUGGUGUUUACCGCUGCAUGGUCAAUAACCCACCAGAGACAGCAGAUCCCGGCAUAGGAGAGCUGGCACUCAGUGUUCUGGCGCCACCCUCGCUGCCUGUGUGCCAGUGGGAUGGAGAUAUUGACAUGGGAGGGAGCGUCACGUUGUCCUGCAUGGUGGCGGAGGGCGUCCCCACUCCAGAGAUCCACUGGGAUAAGCUGAAUCCAGAGGAAAUCUCGCUUCCCAUCAACAUGGAGGGGGAUCUCUCAGGCUCCGUCCAAAUUGCCAACGUGUCCUCUCAGACCUCAGGCCUGUAUCGCUGCUCUGCCACCAACCUCCUGGGAACGGAGAACUGUUACGUCAACCUGUCUGUCUACAGCGCCCCGAACAGUUCCUCGGGGAUCCUGCAGGGCAUGCUGCUGACCUUGUCCAUGAGCCUGCUGCUGCUGGCUUUGCUGGUGCUCAUACUGUGGCUCCAUCGCACAGGGCAGGACGGGUGGUUGAGGGAGGGGAAAGAAGAGGAGUGUUACAAUGAGAUACCGUAUACUCCGUCUCUGAUGAAGCGCUCAUUUGUUUGAUUUCUCAAGAAGACAAGAAUUAUAAAAACACACACAUGAAAAAGAGAAAUGCUCCACGCAGGCAUCAAACAAUGGACUCUUUGUUUCAUCUAGAUCAUUUUUACUGCCCAGCCAGUGCUAUUUACAUACUAGUGCAUCUGUACAGCAUCACACGUUAAAUAAAUUCAAGGUAUUUUGUUUUAAGGUAUGUUCAGUUAUAUUGCAUGUGGCAUAUUUAAAUACAUGUUGAAUUGUAUCUUUGUCUCUUUUAACCACAAAUCAAAGACUAAUAUGAUCUCAAUCUUUGAGCAAGCAAAGAAAACUGGAUAAUAGUUCACUAUGGUUGCACUUACAUAUUGAAAUAUGUAAUAAAAUACCUAUUUGGAUAAGCUCACGUAAAUGGCAACACAUUAAUUAGUACCGGAUGUCAACUGCGUUGUUCACAAGUACUGCAUGGACCUGAAUCGUUGUCUC